AUGGAGGCGAUGGCAGCCAGCACUUCCUUGCCUGACCCUGGUGACUUUGAUCAGAAUGUGCCCCGGAUCUGUGGGGUGUGUGGAGAUCGAGCCACAGGCUUUCACUUCAAUGCUAUGACCUGUGAAGGCUGCAAAGGUUUCUUCAGGCGAAGCAUGAAACGGAAGGCCCUGUUCACCUGUCCCUUCAAUGGAGACUGCCGCAUCACCAAGGACAAUCGGCGUCACUGCCAAGCCUGCCGGCUCAAGCGCUGCGUGGACAUUGGCAUGAUGAAGGAGUUCAUCUUGACGGACGAGGAGGUGCAGCGGAAGCGAGAGAUGAUCCUGAAGCGGAAGGAGGAGGAGGCCUUGAAGGACAGCCUGCGGCCCAGGUUGUCCGAGGAGCAGCAACGCAUCAUCACUAUCUUGCUAGAUGCUCACCACAAGACCUACGAUCCCACCUAUGCCGACUUCAGCCAGUUCCGGCCUCCAGUUCAUGGGGAUGAAAAUGGAGAGAGCCAUCCCUCAAGCUCUUCCUCACCAAAUACACCCAGCUUCUCUGGUGACUCCUCCUCCUCAGAUCGCUACUCAACCCCUCCAGACAUGAUGGAGCCAUCCAGUUUCUCCAACAUGAACCUGAGUGGAAGAGACUCUGAUGACCCUUCUGUGACUCUAGACCUGUCCCAGCUCUCCAUGCUGCCCCACCUGGCAGACCUGGUCAGUUACAGCAUCCAAAAGGUCAUUGGUUUUGCCAAGAUGAUACCAGGAUUCAGAGACCUCACCUCUGAGGACCAGAUCGUGCUACUGAAGUCAAGCGCCAUUGAGGUCAUCAUGUUGCGCUCCAAUCAGUCCUUCACCAUGGACGACAUGACCUGGACCUGCGGGAGCCAGGACUACAAGUACCGUGUCAGUGAUGUAACCAGAGCUGGACAUAGCCUGGAGCUGAUCGAGCCCCUCAUCAAGUUCCAGGUGGGGUUGAAGAAGCUGAACCUGCACGAGGAGGAGCAUGUCCUGCUCAUGGCCAUCUGCAUCGUCUCCCCAGACCGCCCCGGGGUGCAAGAUGCAGCCCUCAUUGAGGCCAUCCAGGACCGCCUGUCCAACACACUGCAGACCUACAUACGCUGCCGCCACCCGCCCCCAGGAAGCCACCUGCUCUAUGCCAAGAUGAUCCAGAAGCUGGCCGACUUGCGCAGCCUCAAUGAGGAGCACUCCAAACAGUACCGCUGCCUCUCCUUCCAGCCCGAGUGCAGCAUGAAGCUCACACCCCUCCUGCUUGAGGUGUUUGGCAACGAGAUCUCCUGA